AUGUCCCAACCAGGCGUUGCUGUGCGCCCGGCAGGCUGCACUCAGGCUGACCAGGUGCUUGUGCAUUCAAAUUGGUCGGGCAGUGCUCUCGCUCAGUCUGGUGAUCCAGGGGUUUCGGCCCUUUGGGCCAGCUUGCUGCAAGGGCUGGAGCAUAUGUGUCAUGUGCAAGUGCUUCAAGCUGUGGAGGCCCUAGAGGCGGGCCAAUAUAUUCUUGAAGAAACCUUUCCCUGGUUUGCUGCUGAGCUUGCUGUUGAAGCCGGUGAUGAUGUUCCUUGGCCCGUUGCAGCCUCGGCUAUCAGGGAUGUCAUAGCAAAUCUUAACUCCAAUGCCGACGGAAAGAAAUUGCUGUUAGUCAGCUCCAAUGUCACCAAGUGGCGCAAGUCCUUAGCAACCUUUCUUGCGGGGAUCAGGCCAGACCUCUGGCUGGUACAGGAAACACACAUUAAGGAGGAGCAAGGGGAUUUGCUGGCCACUCAUGUUGGGGCCUUUGGCUAUCAGGCCUUCAGCUUGCCAGGUCACCCCACUGGGGGAGGUGGUAACUCAGGAGGCCUUGCGAUUGUGUUUAAGAAGCACCUUGAUGUCCGCAAAAGCCACCACUUCCUUCACCAAGGUGUUGGUUUUCAGUCUGUUGUUCUGCGCAUCCGGGGUGUUGAUAUCUUCCUCGUCAAUGUUUACUUGAAGACAGGGGAGGGUUUCCGGGGCCCGACUAAUGCCAUAAUUCUUUCCAAUUUGAUUCCCUUCCUUAGGUCGCUGCAAGGUGAAUUCCUUGUUGCAGGCGACUUCAACGAAGACAUCAGUGUUCUGGUGACCACCAGUUUGGCGCAGGAAGCUCGGGGCCAAUGGGUCCAUACGGGGGCUUCCACGUGCACAGGGGGUGGUAACAUUGAUUUUGGUUUAGUUUCCAAAGGGCUGGCCUUGGGAGUUUCGGUCCGGGCUGACUGGAUCACUCCGUUUGCUCCACAUGCUGCCUUACAUUGGUGCAUUGACAGGAGGCAGUGCGAGUUGAGGUUUCCCCAGCUUGUGGGUUUCAAGCCGAUGCCCAUUAUGCCGCAACCCUUUGAGCCUCCUUUGGCAGGUUGCUCUGGCCCUCAGCCUGAUCUGGAGUCUGCCUGUGCCGGGCACUGGGGUGGCUCCAUACCUGAGCCGGCCCUCACACAUACCUUUGAGCAGCUCAGUAGCUCUGUUGAGUUAUCGGUCUAUGGCUGCACUCAAGGUCGAGGCUGCCUGCCCAAAUUUCGCCGUGACAAACUCCUGCGCCAUACCUCACCUGUGGGUGCUUGGGGGGGGGCUCAGGCCUCUUUCUGGAAGCGGGUCCUUGUUUGGCUGGAACUUUCGGUGAAGCGGAGUUGUCCUGCACCCUUUGGCCACACAUUUUGGUCGCAGCUUGAAUUGAUGUGGCACGGAUCCACAGCCGAGCUCAGUGUUUUCCAAGUCCAGCUCGAUGCUGUUCUUAAAGGUGUUACGCCUUCGGCUUUUCCAGAGUUGAUUCAGGUAUCGGAGCAACAAUUUCGUCACCAUUCCAAAUUGUGGAUGCAGAAGCAGAGCGCAAGCUACGGUAAGUGGCUAAAGCAGGCUUCGUGUAAAGGCUUGCGUGGCCUUUUUACCAGUGUUAAAGCGGAUGAAGCUGUCCAGCUGCGCCCUUUCUUGCACCAGCCUGUGCAGGAGCGCAUCUACCUUAGGUGGAGGCAGUGGUUUGAGCUUUGGUCCGCGCCGGGUGGGGUCGACCCGGCGCUCCUCAGUGAUCUCAGGCAACGUGCCCGAAUGCAGGCCAAGGAGCUUGGGCCGAUUCCCCUAGAUCAGGCGGUUGCGGCGUUCAAGCGAGUGCCCAGCAAAGCACCAGGUCUAGACGGGUGGACAUUUGAGAUGUUAAAAAAUUUGCAGCGACCGGCUGUUGCAUCCAUCAUUUCAUUUCUUCACCACUGUGAAACUGAGGCCACUUGGCCUGCCCAGAUGGUGUUUGCACUUAUAGCCCUCCUCCCAAAAAGCGAGAAGCGGGAGAGACCAAUAGCACUUUUGCACGUGCUUUACCGCACUUGGGUGCGCAUGAGGUGGAAAUUGGUCUCCGAUUGGCAAUUCCAGUACUGUAAAGCCGCGGUCUGGGAUAAGGCAAUGCCUGGGAGUCAAGUGCUGGACGUCGCUUUGGGACGCUUACUUAGAGGCGAGGCGGCUAGACAGUCCGGUCAGCACUUAGUUACAAUUUUCAUUGAUAUGGAGACUUUCUAUGAUAGAUGCCGUUUUAACGAUGUCAUUUCUUCUGGCCUUUCUUUGGGGUACCCUCCCCUGGUAUUGCACCAGGCCCUUCUUACGUACAUGGGCCCGCGUUUUCUUCAAUCUGAAGGGUCUUUGUGCCCGGCCAUUACUCCCACGAAGGGGGUCCUGGCUGGGUGCCCGGCCGCCCCUUCUAUCAGCAAACUUGUUGUGCACCCCAUUGCAGUUGCGGCCACUUCCAAGCGUGCGACAUCCAAUUUGGACGUAUGGAUAGAUGAUCUGUCCCUUGACUGUGUCGGUGCCUCGGCCAAGCAGAUUGCCUCAGACGCUGUGCUGCUGUUUCGCAGCCUGCGUACCAGCAUCGAGGCAACUGGUGCCCGUGACCACCGCGCGGCAUGUGUUGCUUGGGCCAUUGCGGCAUAUGAGCUUGCACCGGAUGGGCCGAAGCGUGCUGCCUUUGAGCUCUUUGGUCGUGUCUCCGGUGCUUUCGACUUGACGGUGGACUGCAUCCCUGAAUGGCGGCGUUUGCUGAACGAGGAUGUUGUUGAAGCUGAUACGAGCCGGUCCAUUGAGGAAUCCUUUGAGGCCAAAGAGUCCAUCCCUGCGGAGGUUGUGCAGCAAGGACACCUCCAAACAGACCCGUUUGUCGUUUCGGUGAGCUUCUCGGGCUGUUUCGAGGGUGCCGACGUGGCCAGCCUUGAGGCCUGCAUUCUAGUGCUCUCGAACAGACGGCAGCAGACGCACAAGGACUGGUGCAAGUCAGUGCGGCCGCCCAGGCAGAGUAAGGAGCGAAAGCCCGGCAAGGCGGCACUCGCUUUGCACACAGUGUGGGAGAAGUUGACUCCCGAAGCCCGACUGGCGAUCGAAGAAGCCGGGUGGAGGCCUCCAUCCGCGGCAGCGGUUGUUCCGCCUCCGGGUCUCGGCGAUUUUGAUGUUGACAUGGAUGCAUCUGAGGCCUGCGAGGCUAAGCAGAAGCUGUGGUCUGAAGCCACGGAGCAGCAGAAAGAGCUCAUGCUCAAGGCAGGCCUCAAGCCGCCGGAGCAAACUCCGGCUCCCACCUCUUAUGAAGUUGGAACCGCAGCAAAUGCAGCUUUUCGUAAGGCCACGGUUGCACUGAAAUUGCUUGGAGACAAGAAGAUUAGCUUGCAGAAGCGUAUCGACCAAGCUAAGGAGCAAUACAACGCAAGACUGACCGAGAUGAAACAGUUGCAGACCAAAAUUGAAGAGGCGCAGCAACAGGUUGCAGAUGCGGGCGAGGAGCUUACCACCAAAGUCCUGGCCCAAGAUGAAUCUUUGAACGGCGAAAUUGCGCAGUUUCUUGAGAAGUUUGGGAUUUCCUUGACUGAAGAGCAGGAAGCAAAGAUUGCCGCAGUGCGUGCCGGCACACAUGGACCCGCUGACAGCCAGGCUUUUGACCUUAAGGCCGCAGCACCCAACACGCAAGAGGUGCCCAAGAAAUCUGAGCCAGCGCAGAACGGCGUUGCUGUGCGCCCUGCAGGCUGCACUCAGGCUGACCAGGUGCUUGUGCAUUCAACUUGGUCGGGCAGUGCUCUCGCUCAGUCUGGUGAUCCAGGGGUUUCGGCCCUUUGGGCCAGCUUGCUGCAAGGGCUGGAGCAUAUGUGUCAUGUGCAAGUGCUUCAAGCUGUGGAGGCCCUAGAGGCGGGCCAAUAUAUUCUUGAAGAUACCUUUCCCUGGUUUGCUGCUGAGCUUGCUGUUGAAGCCGGUGAUGAUGUUCCUUGGCACGUUGCAGCCUCGGCUAUCAGGGAUGUCAUCGCAAAUCUUGAAUCCAAUGCCGACGGAAAGAAAUUGCUGUUAGUCAGCUCCAAUGUCACCAAGUGGCGCAAGUCCUUAGCAACCUUUCUUGCGGGGAUCAGGCCAGACCUCUGGCUGGUACAGGAAACACACAUUAAGGAGGAGCAAGGGGAUUUGCUGGCCACUCAUGUUGGGGCCUUUGGCUAUCAGGCCUUCAGCUUGCCAGGUCACCCCACUGGGGGAGGUGGUAACUCAGGAGGCCUUGCGAUUGUGUUUAAGAAGCACCUUGAUGUCCGUAAAAGCCACCACUUCCUUCACCAAGGUGUUGGUUUUCAGUCUGUUGUUCUGCGCAUCCGGGGUGUUGAUAUCUUCCUCGUCAAUGUUUACUUGAAGACAGGGGAGGGUUUCCGGGGCCCGACUAAUGCCAUAAUUCUUUCCAAUUUGAUUCCCUUCCUUAGGUCGCUGCAAGGUGAAUUUCUUGUUGCAGGCGACUUCAACGAAGACAUCAGUGUUCUGGUGACCACCAGUUUGGCGCAGGAAGCUCGGGGCCAAUGGGUCCACACGGGGGCUUCCACGUGCACAGGGGGUGGUAACAUUGAUUUUGGUUUAGUUUCCAAAGGGCUGGCCUUGGGAGUUUCGGUCCGGGCUGACUGGAUCACUCCGUUUGCUCCACAUGCUGCCUUACAUUGGUGCAUUGACAGGAGGCAGUGCGAGUUGAGGUUUCCCCAGCUUGUGGGUUUCAAGCCGAUGCCCAUUAUGCCGCAACCCUUUGAGCCUCCUUUGGCAGGUUGCUCUGGCCCUCAGCCUGAUCUGGAGUCUGCCUGUGCCGGGCACUGGGGUGGCUCCAUACCUGAGCCGGCCCUCACACAUACCUUUGAGCAGCUCAGUAGCUCUGUUGAGUUAUCGGUCUAUGGCUGCACUCAAGGUCGAGGCUGCCUGCCCAAAUUUCGCCGUGACAAACUCCUGCGCCAUACCUCACCUGUGGGUGCUUGGGGGGGGGCUCAGGCCUCUUUCUGGAAGCGGGUCCUUGUUUGGCUGGAACUUUCGGUGAAGCGGAGUUGUCCUGCACCCUUUGGCCACACAUUUUGGUCGCAGCUUGAAUUGAUGUGGCACGGAUCCACAGCCGAGCUCAGUGUUUUCCAAGUCCAGCUCGAUGCUGUUCUUAAAGGUGUUACGCCUUCGGCUUUUCCAGAGUUGAUUCAGGUAUCGGAGCAACAAUUUCGUCACCAUUCCAAAUUGUGGAUGCAGAAGCAGAGCGCAAGCUACGGUAAGUGGCUAAAGCAGGCUUCGUGUAAAGGCUUGCGUGGCCUUUUUACCAGUGUUAAAGCGGAUGAAGCUGUCCAGCUGCGCCCUUUCUUGCACCAGCCUGUGCAGGAGCGCAUCUACCUUAGGUGGAGGCAGUGGUUUGAGCUUUGGUCCGCGCCGGGUGGGGUCGACCCGGCGCUCCUCAGUGAUCUCAGGCAACGUGCCCGAAUGCAGGCCAAGGAGCUUGGGCCGAUUCCCCUAGAUCAGGCGGUUGCGGCGUUCAAGCGUGUGCCCAGCAAAGCACCAGGUCUAGACGGGUGGACAUUUGAGAUGUUAAACAAUUUGCAGCGACCGGCUGUUGCAUCCAUCAUUUCAUUUCUUCACCACUGUGAAACUGAGGCCACUUGGCCUGCCCAGAUGGUGUUUGCACUUAUAGCCCUCCUCCCAAAAAGCGAGAAGCGGGAGAGACCAAUAGCACUUUUGCACGUGCUUUACCGCACUUGGGUGCGCAUGAGGUGGAAAUUGGUCUCCGAUUGGCAAUUCCAGUACUGUAAAGCCGCGGUCUGGGAUAAGGCAAUGCCUGGGAGUCAAGUGCUUGACGUCGCUUUGGGACGCUUACUUAGAGGCGAGGCGGCUAGACAGUCCGGUCAGCACUUAGUUACAAUUUUCAUUGAUAUGGAGACUUUCUAUGAUAGAUGCCGUUUUAACGAUGUCAUUUCUUCUGGCCUUUCUUUGGGGUACCCUCCCCUGGUAUUGCACCAGGCCCUUCUUACGUACAUGGGCCCGCGUUUUCUUCAAUCUGAAGGGUCUUUGUGCCCGGCCAUUACUCCCACGAAGGGGGUCCUGGCUGGGUGCCCGGCCGCCCCUUCUAUCAGCAAACUUGUUGUGCACCCCAUUGCAGUUGCGGCCACUUCCAAGCGUGCGACAUCCAAUUUGGACGUAUGGAUAGAUGAUCUGUCCCUUGACUGUGUCGGUGCCUCGGCCAAGCAGAUUGCCUCAGACGCUGUGCUGCUGUUUCGAAGCCUGCGUACCAGCAUCGAGGCAAAUGGUGCCAAGUUGUCCUUGGAUAAGACUUCAUUUGUUGCAUCGUCCUCUAAAGCGGCUAAAUGCUUGCAGGCUGUUAGAGUUGACACA